AAUGAAGCCCACAGAAAGCCCAGCCCAACUGCUCCAAACAAAAAAACCUCUAAAAUUCGCCAUUUCUAAACAAUCUGUAAAUCUCCGACGACUGUUCUCCUCUUCCACCCCUUUGUUGGAUCUUCGCAGAUCGAUUCCGUUGUUCCAGGGUUCUCAUUUACAAUGUUUGGGGGUAGAGCAAUUCACCAGUUGCUGAGAGAGAGACUUCAAUCGAAAGUCGCUAGUUCUCCAGCUUUAUCAUCUUUUAUUUCGAAGAAAGGGCAUGAGAGUGCUGAAUCUGCUACCAAAAGCUGCUUGAGGACAUUGGCCCUCUUUGGAGCAGGUGUAUCAGGGCUUUUAAGUUUUGCGUCAAUUGCUUCCUGUGAUGAGGCAGAACAUGGUUUGGAAUCCCCUAACUACCCUUGGCCACAUGCUGGCAUCCUAAGUUCCUACGAUCAUGCCUCGGUUCGCCGUGGUCACCAGGUUUACCAACAAGUAUGUGCAUCCUGCCAUUCCAUGUCCUUGAUUUCAUAUCGUGACUUGGUAGGUGUUGCAUACACAGAGGAGGAAACUAAGGCUAUGGCAGCCGAGAUUGAGGUAGUUGAUGGACCUAAUGAUGAGGGGGAGAUGUUUACUCGUCCUGGGAAACUGAGUGAUCGGUUUCCUCAGCCAUAUGAAAAUGAGUCAGCAGCUAGGUUUGCCAAUGGAGGGGCCUAUCCUCCAGAUUUAAGUCUUAUUACCAAAGCUCGUCAUAAUGGUCAAAACUAUGUUUUUGCUCUUCUAACUGGAUAUCGUGAUCCUCCUGCCGGUGUUUCUAUUCGUGAAGGGUUGCAUUAUAACCCUUAUUUCCCUGGCGGCGCUAUUGCCAUGCCUAAAAUGCUUAAUGAUGGGGCUGUUGAGUACGAAGAUGGUACCCCUGCAACAGAAGCUCAGAUGGGGAAAGACGUGGUUUCAUUUUUGACCUGGGCUGCGGAGCCUGAAAUGGAAGAGAGAAAGCUGAUGGGAUUCAAGUGGAUCUUUGUCCUGUCACUAGCGCUCCUUCAAGCAGGUUAUUACAGGCGUAUGAGGUGGUCUGUUCUUAAGUCGCGCAAGCUAGUGCUCGACGUUGUCAACUAAAUUCCCUCUACCGCCCUUUUUGCUCACGGAAGGACACUAAACGCUCAAUAAUCGUGUUUUCUCUUGCGUUCUGUCGUUAUGUGCUGCCUAAAAAAGGCUGGCCAUUUUUGGUAAUGCACAAUAUUUUUUCCCAAUUUGGUGAAGAAUAAGGAAUCAAGUUACUGCUUAGUGCUCUGUAUAAUGCAGUUCAGCGUUAAUUUUUAUCUACCUCUUUAUGAAUAUGAAGAGAUACUAAUGUGAUUUUUGCUGUGUGCCCA